AGCAGCUUCCUAUUGGUCAACUGGGUUGCCCCGCCAGUAGAGUCGGGAAACAGCGCCAUAAUUGAAAAGCUAAUAACUUAGUCUCAACACUGCCUUUUUCUGGUUAAAUAUAUCAAUCAUACAACGAUGAACGAGGGUAAACUCUUUAGAAAGGUGGUCGCUUAAUUAAACAUUUAACCGCUGUUCGAGGGAGUUUAGGUUCGCACUAUCUGUAAGGCAGAUGCGUUUCCGAACAGGAGGCUAACAAUGCUAGCUCCCGCUAACAGGUGUUAGCCGAAUUAAAGCCACUGCUGUUUUUAUUUGCCUCUUAUAGCUCAACUUUUUACUCCCUGAAAACAAAUGAGCUACCCAGUCAACCUACAGGCUUUACCCAGCGGCAUUCUAGAGGAGGUAUUUACUCCGGAUAAUAUGCGGGGAAGAGCCUCCAUGAGCUCGCUGUCUCCGUUAAGUUUCCCCAAAUCCAGAUCGGCUCUGUGGGACAGCAGCCCGAUGGGAGAGAAGCUCCACCUCCAGUUCUGUACUAGCAGGAAGCCGCGAGUGGUGCUGCUGGAAAAGGCUCUCCGUCUGGCGCAGCGUCACCUCCGCCGCAGCAACAAGCCCCGCCUCCUCUGCUUCUUCCUGGGUUCAGUGGCCAUUGACAAAGAUGAGGAGGGUUUGACGGUGACUCUGGACCGCUUUGAUCCGGGUCGGGAUCAGGCCGGCAGCCCGGGCCGGGUCCCCUCCACUCUGGUGCCCGGGGACGUCCUGGUUUCCUGUUUGUUCUAUGCUCAGUCUGAGCUGAAGCCUGACGCUGCCGUCCAACCAGAGGCGGAGCUUCAUCAGUGCUUUAAGCUGCUGCAGCAGGCGGUGAGCGGCAGGCAGUCUCUGGAUCUCUCCCAGCUGCUGAGAAUCAGAGCUUGCGUGUUCUGCUCGCAGCAGUCCGAUGCCACGGCGUUCGCUCUCAGCUGGUCGGCCGUCUGCCCUGCUGUCAGCGUGGACGUCCAGCCGGUCCGAGCCAUCCCCAUCAUCCCCACCGCCCUGCUGAGGAGCCUGACCAGCGUCGGCCGACCACUGCAGCACACCGGCCGACAGAGGGGGUUUCUGACCAUGGACCAGACCAGGAAGCUCGUCCUGCUGCUGGAGUCUGAUCCUAAAGCCUCAAAACUGCCACUGGUCGGGCUCUGGCUGAGUGGAGUGGCACAUGUCUCCAACCCUCGGGUGUGGGCGUGGUGUCUGAGGUUCAUGUUCAGCUCCGCCCUCCAGGACAGGGUUCUAUCAGAAAGCGGCUGUUUCCUCCUCGUUGUGUUCGCCUCCACCCACAGAGCUCCUCAGUUCUUCCAGUGUCGAGGCUCUGGAGCCGGACCAGGUUCACAGAUGGGCUUCCAUCUGCUGACCGCCUCCCAGUCUGUCACACUGUACCAGCAGUGUUCUCCGGCGGAGGGUCGGGCUCUGCAGUGUGAGCUGGGCUCAGAGGAGCGGAGCAGGCCGGCCGAGCUGUUCAGAAACGCUCAGAUGUCCUACAGCAGCUCGCCUCCGCCCGCCGCAGGCCUCUCUGACCAGGACUCCGGCGUGGAGGACGAGGACUUUUCUCCCCGCCCGUCCCCAAGCCCCCACCUCCCGGCCCCUCAGGCCCCUAGGGUUCAGCCGUCGGUUCCUGAGCUCUCUCUGCUGAUCGACAGCAGCUUCACCUCCAAUCACAGCUUGGGCUCCGCCCACAAGAAGCCGGCUCCACCAGUCGGGCCCUCCUCCAAACCUGUUCCCCCUCUUCAGCUCCACAGCACCCCAAACUCCAACCUGCAGCUGCCCUGCACCUGCUGCUCCACCCACAACUGCACCUCCAUCGUCCCCUCCCCGGCGCUCCUCCCCGCUGCUGCUCCACCUGCCUGCCCACACCACACUCCUCCACCCUCACACCUCCGCUCUGCUCCUCCUCAACAUUUAAAUAAGCAAACCCCUCCACCCUCACGCCUCCGCUCUGCUUCUUCUCCUGCUUUAAAUACGCAGACUCCUCCACCCUCACACCUCUGCCCUGCUCCUUCUCCUUCUUUAAAUAAGCAAACUCCUCCACCUUCCAUCCUCCGCUCUGCUCCAUCUCCUUCUUUAAAUAAGCAAACCCCUCCACCCUCACACAUCUGCCCUGCUCCUACUCCUUUAAAUAAGCAAACCCCUUCACCCUCACACCUCUGCCCUGCUCCUACUCUUUUGGAUAACCAAACUCCUCCAGCUUCACACCUCCACUCAGCUCCAUCUCCUUUUUUAAACAAGCAAACUCCUCCCCCUUCCAUCCUCCGCUCUGCUCCAUCUCCUUCUUUAAAUAAGCAAACCCCUCCACCUUCACAUCCCUGCCCUGCUCCUACUCAUUUAGAUAAACAAACUCCUCCAGCUUCACACCUCCACUCUUCUUCUCCUCCUUUAAAUAAGCAGUCUCCUCCACCUUCCAUCCUCCAGUCUUCUCCUACCAGUAAGCCUCACCCCGUCCCGAUCCUGACUUCAGACCCAUGCUUUCCCCCUCCUCCCAGCGAUUACUCUCCUUCUCCUCACCCAUCCUGUCCAGCAGCAGCGGGCCCCGUGUCCCCCCUCUGGCCCCCCCGCCCCCCCUGUCGCUGCGAUCACGUCGGGCAGCCAGACACCUACCAGCUCCUGCUCCAUCAGGAUCGCCAGCUGCGCCUCCUGCAGGCUCAGGUCCAGAUGCUGCUGGAGGCUCAGGGGAAGCUGCAGUCUUCCACCCAGCCGGCUUCCUCUCAGACGCCCACAAGCACAGCCAGCGUUGCCGUGGGAACAGGCGCCAGCUUAUUCUGGGGCAGCAGUCCCCAGCAGGAGGAACCAGCCCCUCCUCCCUCCUCACCCAAACCUCCCCCUUCAGCCUCCUCCAGCCCCUCCACCUCAUCACACGAGCCAUCUGCCACCAAACCCGUCAAUGCUCCUCAAAAUGACGAGGAAGCAGCUCAGGCGGCACCCUGCUCCCCUCCUGCUGAACACAGCCUCGACCGCCUGCAGAGUCCAGUUCUGGGAGAAAGUGUCAGCAUGUACGAACCUGAAGAGGAGCAGCAGAGCUUCUAUCAGAACCUGAUGACUCAACUCAGCAGUCGCCUCCAGGAGGCUGACGCCCAACAGGAGGCCGAGGAGGAGUCCAGGAGGCAGAGCCUGUCCGUCUCUGACCGCCCCCAGACCUGCCAGCAGAAGACGGAGGGGGACCCGGUGGUCACAGCCACCCUGAGGCGGCUGCAGCAGCUCGGAGUGGACGUGGACCAGGAAGUCCUGACCGAUUCAGACAGGAACCGGGCCAAAGCCGUGGAAAGCGCCAGCACGCUGGCGAGCAUCAGCCCGGCAGCGGUCAUCUCCAGACUGAGCGUUUCCGAGCCAACGGCCAGCACGCUGUUCCCCGGGGGCAGCGUGGACCUCAGCCUGGAGGCCAAUGCCAUCGCCCUGCGCUACCUGAGCGACUCGCAGCUCUGCAGGCUGUCACUUGGAGGCCACGCCCCCCAGAAAAUCCCCGCCCCCUCAUCUGGCAAUUCCCUCCUGUCACCUAGCAACAUGUCUCUGGCCACCAGGAAGUACAUGAGGAGGUACGGGCUGAUCGAAGAGGAGGAUGGUGAGGAAGAAGAGGAAGAGACGCCGGCAGCUCGUCAGCCGCUCACUGAAGCGCAGAACACGAAGCCCCUCCCACAAAGUCAGCUGAUCAGAGACCUGCGGCCCAAAAUGCAGCUUUUAGCCGACAGCGAAGACAAGGAGAACCGGGCCAGAAGGCAGCCAUCUUUGAACCGGGCGGGCAGCCGCCUGCCUGAGGGCUCGGACACUGACCUGAAUUCAGCUCAAACUGCACACAUCUGCCUGCCCGAACACACACCGCUCUACCUGCUCAGGAUGAGGGCUUCUGAUUGGCUGUUGUUUCUGGCCUCCCUGCCUUUGCUUUCUUUUGCCCAACGUCCGGAUAUCUGUGCCGCUAAGCCCAGAGACCUGUCUCUGGAGCCCCGCUGCAUCCACCGGAGCCCAGACCCGGAGGCCACCGAGGCCCCCCAAGAACCGGAACAGAUCCCAGAGUCCACCAACCCCCGAGUCUGGGAGCUGUCGAAGGCCAACAGCCGCUUCGCCCUUUCUCUGUACAAACAGCUGGCCAAUGGGAGGACCCCGGAGAAAAACAUCUUCAUGUCGCCAAUCAGCAUCUCCACCGCUUUCGCCAUGACCAAACUGGGCGCCUGCAACCAGACGCUGGAGCAGAUCAUGAAGGUGUUUGAGUUUGACACCAUCAAAGAGAAGACGUCUGAUCAGGUCCAUUUCUUCUUCGCCAAACUAAACUGCCGCCUGUACAGAAAGAAGGAUGAAACCACAGAGCUGAUCUCUGCCAACCGGCUGUUUGGAGAUAAAUCUCUUUCGUACAACGAGACAUACCAGAACAUCAGUGAGACUGUGUAUGGAGCCAAACUACUGCCGUUAAACUUCAAGGAUAAUCCAGAAAAAGCCAGAGUUACUAUCAACAACUGGAUUUCCAACAAGACAGAAAACCGGAUUCAAGACACGCUGCCUUCAGGGGCAGUGGAUAGCAACACAGUCUUGGGUCAGUGGAGGAACAAAUUUGACAAAGACCUCGUGUUCAGCAGCGACUUCUUCGUCAGCGAGAGUAGAACCUGCACGGUCGACAUGAUGUACCAGGAGACCAAGUUCAGGUACAAGUAUUUCCCCGACGACAACGUGCAGCUGCUGGAGAUGCUGUACAAAGGAGAGGACAUCACCAUGGUGAUUGUCCUGCCGAGCCAAGGCACACCGCUCAGUGUGGUGGAGGCGGAUCUGGACCUGAAGAAGCUGAACGGGUGGCUGGACCAGAUGAAGGAAACAACCGUGGCCACGUUUGUGCCGCGCUUCAGGGUGGAGGAAAGCUUCAAUCUGAAGCAGAAGCUGCAGGAGAUGGGGCUGAGCGACCUGUUCAGCGCUGAGAAGGCCAGCCUGCCAGGGAUAAUGGAAGAUGGAUCUGAUGGGCUCUUUAUAUCUGACGCCUACCACAAAGCAUUCCUGGAGGUGAAUGAGGAGGGCAGCGAGGCGGCGGCAGCUACUGCUGUGGUGGCAGUCGGACGCUCCAUUAACUUUAAUCGGGAAGUUUUUCAGGCGGAUCGCCCUUUCCUUCUGAUCAUCAGAGAAUCCACCAUCAACACACUUCUGUUUGUCGGCCGUGUGGCCGACCCCUGCAACCAAUAAAAACUGCUCAACACAAUCAAGUGUUGGCUUGUAGUUUUGCUUUACCUUUUCACCUUCUACGUGUGUCUGGUUGUGUAUGGAUUUAAUUUCAGAUGACACAUCAAGGGGAAAUUACAUAUCUAAAUCCCCCAACAGGUAGUGGGUCAGGGGGGCUAUUUUUAAGGAUGUGCCCUGAACAUGGCUGCCAUCUUGAGAGAAACCAUACUGGAUCAAGGGCAGGUUUUUCAAUGCUAAGGCGGUCAUGUAUUCUACCAAAGAAUAGAAGUGUCUCAAAUCGAAAGCAGCAACCAGAUUGGUUAUAUUUCUUUUGGUUCAAAGGUUAGCAACAGAGACAGCUGCACAACAGCCGGGAACACUGGUGUAAUGCGCGGUUAUUUGUUGUGCCCAGGACCAGGGGCAGCACACUGGACACCUCAAAUGAUUGGGCAUCACCAGCAAUGUUGCAGAUAUUGUUUCUGCAUAUGCUCUUAAACACAUGAAGAAACUCAAAGAUUAAAAGGCUAACACUAACUGUGUUACAUUGCUGGAAGCUAAUGACAUUUUUGUCUGAUUCUGAGUCG